AUGAAGGUAAAGUUGGAGUUAAAGGUGAAGGUAAAGGUGGAGGUGAAACUGAAACUGAAAGUGAAUGUUAAGGUGAAGGUAAAGGUGAAAGUGAAGGUAAAGGUGGAGGUGAAGGUGAAGGUAAAGGUGAAGGUGAAACUGAAAGUGAAUGUUAAGGUGGAGGUAAAGGUGAAGGUAAAGUUAAAGUUGGAGGUAAAGGUAAAGGUAAAGGUGGUGGUAAAGGUGAAGGUGAAACUGAAAGUGAAUGUUAAGGUGGAGGUGAAGGUGAAGGUGAGGGUAAAGGUAAAGGUGAAACUGAAAGUGAAUGUCAAGGUGGAGGUAAAGGUGGAGGUAAAGGUGAAGGUAAAGGUGAAAGUAAAGGUGAAGGUGUAG